AUGAGACUCGGUUGGGCUGCGUUGCUUGCUCUAGCUUCCGACGUGUCAUCGCAAAGCGUUGUCCGGUUCAAUGUCACCAAAGGGGCGCCCGGUGCGCGCGGCGGCGGUGUACCUACGUUGUCUCGCCGCUCGACAUAUUCGGAGCAGCUUAUCAACAGCAUCGCAGGGGGUGGCUACUUUACCCAGGUCAAGGUGGGGACGCCUGGGCAGACCAUGACGAUGCUGUUGGACACAGGGAGCAGCGACACGUGGGUGCUGAGCUACAAGGCAAACCUCUGCACCGACCAGGAGCUGCAGGACCUCUACGGGAUGACGUGCACCGACACGUACGACCCUUCCAAGAGCUCAACCAACAAGCUGGUCACGCCCCACGGCUUCAAGAUUGUCUACCUGGACGGCGGCACCGCAUCGGGGGACUACAUAUCCGACGACUUCAGCAUAGGGGGCACCACCAUCAAGUCGUUGCAAAUGGCCUACGUCACCCAGGCCGUCAGGGGCACCGGCAUCAUGGGCCUUGGCUUCAGCAGCGGCGAGCGCGCAAGCACAAAGUACCCCAAUAUCAUGGACGAGCUCACCAACCAGGGCAAAAUCAGCUGCAAGGCCUACUCGCUCUACCUCAACGACCGGCGCACCGAUGCCGGCAGCAUCCUCUUUGGCGGCAUAGACACGGACAAGUUCAUCGGGCCCCUCAAGAUCCUCCCUCUAUACAAGCCCCCAGGGGGCGACGACGACAACGACUACUCCUCCUUUGAAGUCAACUUUACUGCCGUUUCCCUCGCCCAUACCAAUGGCACCGCCAGUGUGGAUAUGCAGACAUCGAUCCUCGACCACCCGGUCCCGGCCGUGCUAGACUCGGGCACGACCCUGUCCUACCUGCCGGACGAGAUUACUUCGCGCCUGUACUCGGCGCUGGGCGCCGUCUUUGACCCGGACCUGCGCAUGACGCUGAUCGACUGCGGAUACCUGACGUCAGAUCCCGGGUUGAAGCUGAUGUUUACCUUUCCUUCAUCAACUGGGGAGGCGCGGAUCUCGGUGCCCGUCUGGGAACUAGUCCUCGACAUCCUCCCACCAUCAUCGGCGUCAUCAGCUGCCACGGCACACUUCAAAUCCGGCCCGUGCGUUUUCGGAAUCCAGAGCACGGCAGUGAUCGAGGACGCAGGCGGGCUCAACUUCACCCUCCUGGGCGACACGUUCCUGCGCAGCGCCUACGUCGUCUACGACUUGACGCACCACCAGAUCGGAAUCGCCCAGGCCAACCUCAACAGCACCGGCCAAACGAUCAUCGAGCUGUCGGCCCAGGGCAGCAGCCUGCCGACCGGAGUCACGGGCGUCGCCGCCCAGCAGACCACCUUUACCCCAACCGGUCUGCUAAGGACCGCCUCGCCAUCUCCAACGCCGAGCAACGCGUCCAAGAACAGUGCGCCGGGUAGGAAGGGAAAGGGCACCCUGAGGGAGGUCGUCGGGGUUCUGGCCGCCACAGGGCUGUGUAUCCUGCUUGGAGGGGCCUUAAUAUCAUGGUGA